UAUGUUUGUAAAAUAUAGAUUUCAGUAUAUCAUAACUGGGGCGAGUACAGUCCUGCAGAUUUAGUGACCGGCCCCUCCUCUUUCGCAUCGCGACCAGACGUCGAGCAUUCACUGAAUUACUUUACCCCAAUCCUCCAAUGGGUGCACACCUUGGCCAAAGCCCGCGCAACCUAAAUCGAUGAAGUGCAUACACUGUAAAUAUUUACACAUCGGGAUGUCUCCGGUGAUAACUAAGUGCACCCGUUUAGAAACAAAUUUUUAGUGUAUCUACAUUCUGUGUCAACUUUACCGCUCAUAACAUCACCUAAAAAAAGCAAAAUAGAACCACGACUUCAAACUUAAUAUAAUAUGAUCAGUCCUUGCUGCUGUAUAAAAUGACCGAAAAGUACAAGACGGCGUCCACGAAGAGCUCUUCCGGUUGCACCAGAUGCUUUGCCGUCCACUGUAACAACUUGUGGAGCGUUUGGUAUGGUAUCCUUUGCGGUGGGCUUCAAGUCUGCGUUGCUCUGAUCUGCUUAAAACGAUUGCUCAAUUAUUCGGUGUUAUCAUGGCCGGAAAAUCUACCUCUGCCCUCGUUCGAAAUGAACGUGAGUUUAGGCCUGACAGGUGCCGCAGUUCUUCUCAUUCCGUUCUUCGUUAUAUCAGCAAUAUUUAAGAUUGGAAAUUUAGCUAACGACGGCCACAAAUUGGGAAGACAUCUGAGCGCUUGCAGCAAAGAAAGCGCUUCCGAACAAUUUGGUACGACCACCGGUUGUAAAUGUUGGAAAUUCGGUGGACCAACUGCUCCUUUUCUGCAUUUGGUCAUCGCUUUUUGCCUUCUCCUACCCAAAUUGCUAAUGGAAGCACGCCUUAUUGAAGCCAACUUCUUUCCGCAAGAUAUGAUAUGGAGGUCUGACCUCAACUUUUUACCGAUCCAUAAAGAAAAUUUCGUCGUCCUGAACUUUAUGACACUGCCCACCAACGAAACGAAAAACGUCUACCCGAAGCUGCCCACAGAUUCACCUUGGACUACCACGAGGACUACAGAAAACGUUUCACCAUCCGACCAAAAUAUAGAAAACGAUUUACAACAGUCCACUUUAGCGAAUACAGUUGUAAAUUUAUUAAAGAAUUAUAUUGGUACUGAUGAUAAAAAUUAUAACGUCAUUGAACACGAACGUCAAAGCCAUAUCAGCAUAGAAUAUAUCAAUUUUGGAUUAGCACUCGGCGUUUAUGCGAUUAGAUAUGCCUCAUUGUUUUGGGCAUCCAAUAAAUGUUUGAGUUUAUUGUUUUCUGCUCAAUUAGUUAUUAAUGGAAUUCAAAUUCUUCUCAGCUAUACAGGUGUAUCAAUUUUAUAUAAGGUUCAAAUAAUGGGCGGUCUCAAAGUGUUACCAUUUUUUAAACAUCAAUUAACCAAAUCGACGUUUGCUUACAAGUCGACACCGUUUUUAUUAAACCCUUUGGUUUCAAUCCUUUUGUAUAUACUUUACAUAUUAUUGAUAAUAUGCUCGAGUCUAGUCUUUUAUUUGUACGGUCAUAUUAGGUUUAAAAACUUUUUGAAUCAAAACUGCCAACGCAAAGUAAUCUUGUUAAAGGAAGGCAAUACGUCCAGAUGGAUUUAUUUUACGCAUUGCGCUGCUUUAUUUCUUUUAAUAGCAAUAGGAGUGUGUAGCGCACCUUUAUUUUACGAUUACACGGUCGUUUAUAGAGGAAGUUUGGAUAUGACUAUGUUGGUGUGUAUCAUUGGAGGUAUUCUACAUUUAUUCGUAUGGAUAGUUCUUUGGUUAUUUUUAACUAUUAAACAAAAUUGGGCUUUUAAAUUAAGACUAACUAUUGGAAACACAACUGUUAAGCAAUCUAACUCAAUUAAAUUAGCAGCCGAAGUAUUUUCUUCGUCUAAGAAGGGCGACGAUAACUUUGAACAACCCCUUUUAGUAGCAAGCAAUGGAUAUAUUUAUAGUGUAACCGAAAGCGCAAUAAAAACCGAUAUAGUAGAUAUUUUGCAAAGAGACGUGAGUCGGGUUAAAGAAAAAUCUGUCGAUAAUUUAUCAACCGAUGAUAACGGCGACAACCAAAUUUAUUGGCUCAAAUCCGAACUGUUCGACUCGAGGAAUUCUCAUUUUAAACAUAUCAAAGAGAAGUGCCUCCCGAAGUCACCCUCGACUCAUUUGUGUGUCCACCAUGAUGACGGCGAUUACGCAACGCUCAAGAAACCCGAAAUGACCACCAUGCAAAAUUUAGAUGAAAUAACGGAAGUUGAUAAACUGUUAUCGGAAGUUCACGUCAUGGAUAUAUCUUAUGCCAACACCAACCAAGAUUUAAUUCCGAUUGAAGAAGAAGUUAUCAAAGAAGAAGCAGCUGAAGAGUUAUGUGCGGAAACAUCCAUAAAAGUGAAUGGCUGUGAACCCCCUAGUCAUUCUAGUAUAGUCCAUGAACCACAGAAACCACAAUUUCACAAAUGUCGAAAACUUACCGGUCCAGAAGAAUUGGGUACAAAAUACGACUCUAUAAGCAUGGAAAGUUCAACAUCUCCCCCAGAUCAUCCCGAUAGCGAAACGUCGAGUGGUGUUCACUCAAAUGAAAGUAACGAACACCAUUGUAACCAACAAAACAUAAAUUUUCAAGAAGCUCGUCAACAACAACAAGUUUUGGCGCAACAACCGCAACAAAGAGUGAUUUUAGAGCCUGACAGAGAACGUUUAAAAUGGAAAUCUUGUUCAUUGCAUCGAUGUACCAGACCGGAAUCCAUGGAUAGUUCUCAAAUAGCUAGUAAAUACUAUUCGUUGAAUCCGACUGGAAAUGGUAUUCACGAACAAUAUGUUAGAAGAUCGAUUUGUCCGCACAAUUUAAGUCAAGCUAAAAACUCCUCCGAGGAUACUUUAGUUAUAUGUAGAAAAUUACAACCGUUUAAAUUGGGUGAAAGCGGUUUAUCAUCAUCCGUUGAUGAUCAAUUUGGAAGGUCGACAAAUAUGAGGAUGAGUUCGUUUGAGAAUAAAUUUAAACACCACACCACAUUUUCGACAGGUCCUUUAUUGGUCAACAAAGCCAAUUAUGUUCAACCGCCAAGUGCACCAAAUACUACGAAUCCAGGAAAUACAGGAAACCUUUACCAAAGGCACACGACCAUACCAUCGCAUCACAACGGUAUCGAACUGUACAAUAAUCAAGGGCACCAAUUUAGAAAAUAAGCCAUGUAAGGCUACCCAAACGAUAAUUAAAAGUCAAACUCGUACUUCGCUUUUUUGUAAAUAUAUUUUUAUUAUAUUUAUAUCGUGUAUUUAAUAACGUAUUAGCAAAUUUUGUACAUAUACUUAUAUAAAGUAUUAAUGCGUUUAAGUUAUCGCGAGUAUUACCAGUCCUUUUUGAUAUUUUGUAUUUGUGUACAUGACAAUUUUAAAGCAAAUAAACCGAUUAACGUAUGCCAUUCUUAA